ACAACUACAAGGGCUCACAUUCCAUUGUUCUGAUGGCUACCUGCGAUGCCAGAUAUCGCUUCACCAUGGUGGAUGUGGGGGGAUACGGUUGGGGAAAGUGACGGUGGUGUCUUCAAGGAGAGCCGAUUUGGUUCUAGGCUUCUUGAACAUAAACUGAACCUGCCUCCACCAGCCAAUCUUCCUGGAACAGAAAUCAAAAUCCCACAUGUGAUAGUUGGUGAUGCUGCAUUUCCCCUACACAACAACCUCAUGCGUCCCUUUCCAGGGAUGAACCUAACCAUGGAUGGGCAGACCUACAAUUACCGUCACUCCAGAGCCAGAAGGGUCAUUGAGAAUGCAUUUGGCAUUUUGGUUGCAAGGUGGCGAAUCCUCGGGCGACCUCUAGAAUGUCUUCCAGACAAAGCAGUUGACAUUGUGAAAGCUUGUUGUGUUUUGCACAACUUCCUGGCCCUUACAGAUGAGGUCAGCACACCUGUUAGCAGAUACAUCCCUGCUAAUUUCACAGACACUGACACUACAGGGUCACCUAAGCUAGGGGAGUGGCGCAGAGUCGUGUCAGGGGACACAAAUCUUUUGGAACCACUAGAUCCACGUCACCUUUCAAAAGCCCGCUCCACUAGAGCUGCGAUUGGUGUGCGUAAUGACCCGAUGGCCUUUUUUCAAUCACCCCAAGGAAUUGUGCCAUGGCAGAACAACAAAGUGUGUCGUGGUCAACUUGAUCAGUAAAUUGUACUGAUGUAAAUAUAUACAUUUAUAGAUGACAUGCAACCAU